UUCAAAUUAUUUUUUUCAGUGUUGGGCUGGACGAUUUGACAUGCAGAUUUAAAAUAAAGACAUUUUGAAUGGGGAGCUCUUUUGAGGAUAGAGAGAUUAGGUGGUGAUCUUGGAAAUCUUUUGUUUCUGUUUUUGUAACAUGCUUUGCUUUGGAGAAAGGUUAAGUCCGUUGGCUUAAAAGCAGCUUUCGUCCAUCUUUUCUUGGAAUAUCAUUUUUCAUUUUCCUGUUCUCCUUUUUUUUUCUUCCUCUUAUUCUCUAGCUGUAAUCAGGGAACUAAUUAAAAAUAUGUAGCUACCUGCAUUUAGUAGAAUUAAAACAUAACAGAAGACAGGUUUGUGCCUAUUUUGCCUUGCUGAUUGGAAAGAAUAUGUUCUGGAACUAAAAUUAGAAUUGAUUUGAACUCCUAAACUUUGAAACGCAGAAUAUCAUUAUAUUUAAAAUGUUAUUAUUAUGGUAGUUUAUAUAUAUGUGUUAGAAAGUAAAUGGCAGUGUGCUGAUAUGCAUGUAUUCUUACGGCCAUGUGUAUAUAUAUUCACUUUCUCACUUUUACUGUAUGUUGUUCCUAGAGUAAGAAGCUUGACUAAGAAUGAAGAAGGUUUUUUGAAUGCUAUAAAUAGACUACAAUCAAUAAUAGAAGUGUAUUUGAGGGUAGCAUAAAAAGCCAUGUGAAAGUUGUGCAACAUGUAAUCACAGACUGUCCAGCCAGGUCGGCGUGUAGUGAGUACUUCCUUAGCCUCCGCCAAGUUUGGAGCUUGGGGUUUGCCAGUAUGUCUGUCUCUGGGUUUGAAUUCAAAAUUCUUGUUGCAGUUUUUUUUUAAAUUCUUCGGGUUGAGCAGCAAAUGGUAGAAGAAAUUGCUGUAUUUAAUUUCAUGGGUAGUUUCUUAAAGAGCUGUGUAGAACAUUAAUGUGGAAGCUUCAGUAUUGUGGAAAUCUAUUUCUUUUAUAACACCUCUCAGUUAUAAAACUUUUUCAAACUUAUUAUCCCCAGAGUGUUCAUCAGUGAAAAACAACAGGUAGAAGUAUCUUUUCAUUAGUGGAAGAUGACUUCAGAAAGGACUUAACUACUGACAACUGCUGUUACUUUAUGGCAGGUUAACAUACCUGUAAAGGGUACCUCCAGAAGCAGACUACUGAGUUCUUGUUUGACUUUGUUUUUGUAGAAAAUGUAAAUAAAGUUCAGUUAUUAGACUCCCAGGCUAUCUCCACAAGGGGAGCUAAUGCACACCUGGGUUCCUCCUCACUAAACUUGGAUGAACUGUCACAUGUGGUUGUUUUUAGAGGUUCAUUAUGACAGUGGGCCACAUGCAAAUUUCCUAUGUAAGAGAAAAAUGAGCUUAAAUCUUAGGUAUGAGCUAAUUUACCAUAACUAGUUGUUCAAAUAGUAUUUUCAUUUAUUGCAAAUUUAGAGAAAUUCCUGUAGUUUUUAUCAACAUAGGAAACUUUAAACUGGAACAAAUGGCCUGACAAGUGUAGCACAUUAAAAAACUGUUCUGCUGGCGUAUAACGCUCUUUAUAAUGUUGCAGAAAGAUUUUGCAUUAACAUACUCCUUAAAAUCUUGAACUCCACUUCCUCUUUAAGAAAAUUCAAUUUUAACAGCUGAUGAACCAUCAGUACAUCAAUUACUAAAAAAAGAAAUUUGAAAAAAUCCAAAUUGUUUCAUAUGCAAAGGAUGUGGAAGCCUUCUAAAAGAAAGACAAAUGGAUUUUGUAACAUUUAUUGGAGCUAAAAUGAAAGGAAGUUAUGCCAAGCUUACAAAAUCACUUCUACAUCACAAGAUAGUGCUAAUUUAUUUUUGGAAGUAAAUUUGAAUUAACCAUUCUUGGAAGUUACUUGUGACCAUUGUAGCUCUGAUAAUUGCCAGUGAAAUGAGUUGACCAUUACUGCUUCCCUAAUGCAUACCUGUUUGGAAUGCUUUCAAAGCAUGUGCUCUCCUCCUUGGGAUAAUGAUUAAUUAAGUUUUUCAUCUGAGUUUAAUAUUGUCAUCCUUGAACUUGCAGUUGGGUUACUGUGGAGUGGAGGAGAAUCACAGGAAUAGUUACCAUGGCUGGUGCACAUGGAAUGCUGCAGGAAGAAGUGGCUAUUAAGAAUUUGGACAAGGAAUAGGAUGGAAGAGUGUGUGUUUUAAAAGGGAUUUGAGAGAUUAUGGCAUCUGAAGCUCACAAUGUUAAAAAACAGAAAGUAUUGCUUAUUGAAGGUCAUCCCAUUGAUCUCCCCAGAAAAAGAAUCUCUUCUUCCACUAAAAAGAUCAUGAAGGAGGGUAAGAAAUCUCCAAAACAGCUGGCUUCUUACACAAACAGAGUAACGGUUGGAAAAACGGUGGCCAGUCCCCUCUCUCUUUUCAAAGUGGUGUAUUGUAAAAGGAAAGUUCAUUGUUAUACUCCAAAGCCCUGUUACAGAAAGAAACUGUGCCCUAAAUCUAGGGGCCGUGACAUGGCAAAUAAAGAAAAUGAACUGGCUUGUGCAGGGAAUCUGCCAGCAAAACUUCACAGUCGGACACACUUGCUGAAUUCUAGCGACUCUGGCUCAUCUCAAACAGAAGGCCCCUCAUCCAAAUACAGUGCAUUUUUUUCAGAGGUUUCUCAGGACCAUGAAACUAUGGCUCAAGUUCUUUUCAGCAGGAAUCUGAGACUGAACGUAGCUUUAACCUUUUGGAGAAGGAGAAGUAUAAGUGAACUGGUAGCCUACUUAGUGAGGAUACAGGAUCUUGGAGUAGUAGUAGACUGCCUUCCUGUGCUUACGAACAGUUUACAGGAAGAAAAACCAUAUGUUUCAGUUGGCUGCUGUGUAGAUCUUUUGCCUUUAGUGAAAUCUCUGCUUAAAAGCAAAUAUGAAGAAUACGUAAUAGUGGGUUUAAACUGGCUUCAGGCUGUCAUUAAAAGAUGGUGGUCAGAACUAUCUGCACAUACAGAAAAGGCAGAAGAUGGAAACAUUCAUAUUUUAAAACAACAGCUAAGUGUUUUGUGGGAACAGGAGAAUCACCUUACUCUGGUUCCAGGGUAUACUGGUAAUAUAGCUAAGGAUGUAAAUGCUUAUUUAUUGCAGCUACACUGACAUGAUGGGGAAACAGUGUGCUUAUGUGGUGAAACAAUCCCCCAGAGUAUCCCUGAAAUAUUUGCUGAAAGCCUUUUGAGAAAUACUGGCAGAAGAGAACUGAACUGUCAAGCUGUUUAAUGAAACCACUAACAAAACUCUAACAAUCUACUUCACAUUGAAGUGGAAAAAUGUCUAGUAGGAGCAACUUUUACUUCAGUGAGGUGAAAGUGCACUAUGAAAACUGUAUGCCUUUGCUGCAUUUGGGAUUCGCUCAGUUACUAGGUAUUCCUUUAAAUGCUACUGUACCUUACAACAUCAUCCAUAAAAGAAGAUGAACUAUACUGUCAUGAAGACAAGACAGCAGAACCAGUUAUAAGGAACCAACAAAAACAAUCAGCAUUAAGAGCUUUUAAAUGUCUCUUUCACAAGAGAACUCCAAAAUGCACAACUAUCUUCCAAUUACAUUAAAAAAAUACAAAAAACUUUGGGCUAUUCAGUUACUUCUAUGUUUAAUCAAAUUAUUAAAGACAGUUUUUGUUUGCACUAUUGAGAAACUAUACAGCAAAGAUGCCUUAAUUACUAGUGUUUCAAAAAGCCAAUGUAUUAAGAUGCAAAUAGCUAUUAUGUUCAGAUUGUGAUGAAAAACUACAAAAAUCAGGGUUUCACAUUGUGUAGUUAAUGAAACAUUGCACAUAUACAAAGAUUCAUGUAUGAAAAAUAUUAUAAAUACCUGAAGUUAAGCUUGGGUAAGCAGUUAUUGUAAAUGUCAGCAGAAUGGUGAAUUUAUGUCUAACAAAUGUUUUUAUAUUGUAUGUGGAUUUCUAACACAGUAAUCUUGUUCUGUAUCAUUCAAACUACAUGCAAAUAAGUAAAUAUAUUAAAUAUAUCUACUGUUUUUUCUUUUCCAGUUAAAAAAAUCAAUUUCUAGAAUAAUCUCUUCCACAGUACUUUUUAUUAUAUUUAUGUCUCUUGUUUGAAAUGUUUACAGCCAGGUGAGGCCAUGUUAUUCAAAUCACACCCUUUUUAUACUACCUCCUUUAAGAAACUGACAAAGAACUUUUGCAAAAUUGAUCAUGUUCUAACCUGAUCAAUGAUGGCAAAGUCAUACCAACAACAGCAUUGAGAAUACAGCUAUAAACUUUUACUGUCAUAUUGAUGUGCUGUUCUAUUUUAGUUUAAAAGCUAUAUCUUAAUGGCUCUGAGGGAGUCUUAAUCUUAGGCUUGCUGUUGCCUUUUUUAAUAUUGUGAUUAGGAAGCACGCUUUUUCAAUUAAAACUUACAAAGUGCCAGCUCUUCACUUAAAAGUAUACAUGCACAGCAUGUAUGACCAAGUAGACUACUUCCUUAAAAAUAAGUACUUGCUAGGGUUGUUUCCAUACCUAGCAUUAAGCAUGUGCACUUUUAUUGACGUGCAGGAGAAAAGUCUUUUGAUAGCCGCAAGUGGUUUUUGCUUUAUGGAUUAAUUAAUUUUAAACUCCUGUAGUGGUCAAUAAGUUCAGGCCUCCUGUUGCUUAGUAUUGUAUUAGUUUAUGUAUCAUUGUUGCUGACUUCUGAAGGCCAGCUAGAAAUCUGUUAUGAGAACUUGGUGCUUUUAGUUGUCUGACUGUUCUGUAAACCACCAAAGGUUUUGCAUUUCUUAGGGCAGUCAGUUACAAAGAGUUUCUGGGGCUUCCCAAAACUGCAAACUUUGUGGGACAAUUUGGAGACAUACACAUAGCCAGUCUUUUUGCUUGAAUUGUUAUGCAUCAUUAGAGAUAUUUCAUGCUAGUUUUGAGAUAGGACUUUUCAAAUGUUCUUACUAUCAAUUAAAAAUCUAAAGGAACUAUAGUAUGACAACAUUCUUUGUAUUACUUUACUGUUCCAUUGAACACUUAAAUGUAAAACUAACCAAGUCUGGUUUCAUCAUUUGGGUGGCAAUUGCUGAAACUCAUAGAUUAUUUUUCAAGGAGAAUACUGUUUAUGGAAACUCAGAUUUUUUUUUUUUUAAUAGACAAAGUAACUCAUGGUCAUUUAUUUCUGAUAAUAUAAGAAAGAAUAGUUGUAAUUGAUUAAAGGGAUACUCCAGUAUUUAAAAAUCUAGCUUGAAUGUAGAUUUAGAUACAUGGGCUUAUAAUGAAUUCUGUAUGUGGCCAUAGAGUUACCAAAUCCUAACUGUGGACAGUGCUUUGGUUUUAGAGGCAAGGUAACAUUGAUUUGAGGAUCAUUACUUAGGAAUGCCUAAUAAAAUUAUGCAUUAUUUUUAACUGCCAAAAGUUGUAUUUUGACAGCAUCAAUAAUACAGUAUUAAGCAUUGUCAUUAGUAUCUGUGCCUUAUUUUAAAUGAAUUUUUUACUGUUUUCAGGCAGCUACUAGACUGUAAGAACAGGGUUCAGGUGUCUGUAUUGUGAAAUUAUUUUUUCCAUUGUGUUCUUAAUUCAUUGAAACUAUUCACACUAAUAUUCAGGCUCAGCUUCUUGUAUUCUCUUUAGCUCUCAAAUGGCUAGGAAUGAGUUUUACUGUUAUAGAAUGUACAUGUAUAAUAUCUGGUCAAAGUUACAACACAGCUGUGUUGUAAAACCACUAAAUUCAUGUAGUUGUCUCAGUGAAUCUAAGAAUUAAGUUUAUGAGCUAUUCCAUGCAUAAAUUAUAAUUUUUGUGAUAAUUUCUAAAAAUGCUAUUUCUAGGCUGUGUCAAAAGAGCCAGACAGAAUUAGUCCUUUUCCUGUAUGUUCUUGUGAUGCAGAAGCACGUAUGUACUUGAGGAAGAAGGAUGUCUCCACAAAGCUGUUCUUCAUAUUAUACCCCUUGAUGUGAAAGUGAUGUCUUUGAAAAACAGUUGUCUUUUGCAUCAGUGUUCCCUGAAAGUAUUUUAAGUGUGACCCAGGAUUUGCCCAUCCCCUAAACUGAAAUUAAAGAAUCCUUCUGGCAAACUGUCUCUUUCUGCAGGACUGAAAAAAAAGUCCAGUAUUUUGUAAAUGGAAGUGGCCAAGUUGAGGUAUUGCUGAUAGCUUGCUGAAGAGUGAAGGUGGGAAAAGGUAUGCCAUUAAUUAGCUGGGUAUGAAGAAGUUAGCAUGUCUUAAUGAUUAUGUUUGUCUCUGUUUUGAAGGAACUAUACCUAUUUCUCAGGAAAGAGUCCUCUACUCUUGUAUCACACAGGUACUGCAGUUCUACACUCCUUAAUAAUGCUUACAGAUUGUUGCUGGUAUUAAAAAAGAAAAAAAUAGCAGCAGCCCUCCAAGAGCUUACCCUCCACAGUGAGAUAUAAAUAAAAUUUUUUUUCCCCUCCUGUAGGUUGCUUUAUCAGAGGCUGCAGUUUUAACACUUGAGGUGCAGGAGGGAUGGGAGAGUAGGAAAGGACAAAGUACACAUGCCCUGUGCUGAGUGACAUCAGGCCCUCUGCGUUAUAAAUAUAAGCAGGCUGUAUUUUCAUUUUCUGGCAUCUGAAGUAAGCAAGUUUGGCGUUAAACAUCUUUAUGCAUUUAGCGUUGAAGAGAUAAAGGUUUUGAAGAUGGAUGCUACAGUGCUAAUUUGUGAUUUUUUUGAGUUUUUUUCCUUGAAAGAGCAGACAUUGUUAGUGUGGAAACUGGAAAGUAUCUUAUGUGAAGCUUACAUUUUAGACUAGCAAGUGGUUGCUUUUGCCAGUUCAUCUUGCCAGAUCUUCCAGUUCUACAGAAGACUGAAUGUCUGUCUUCAUGUGGAGAUUUGCAGCUAUUUUUGUGCCUGGUUUUCUGGUGCAAAGUUAAACUGGUGGUUCAUAGUCAACUAUUUCAGAAUACAAAACCAUGCAAAUUAUGGUACUGGUGUGAAGUUAUUCCAGCUUUGUGCAAUGCAAAUGCUAAAGUUCAUGAAAGCAGUCGAUUCUUUUGAGAGGAAAUUUAUAUUGAGCUGAUGUUGCAUUAGUGAAGGAAAAAAAUGAAGCCGUUUUUAAUAGCCUUGGUAAAAGCCAGACAGUGUAGUCUAAUUUUUGCCUUCAGUCUGCCAUCCUACACACAGUAAUCAUUGUAGGCUACAGAUAAAGAUUCACAGAGAAAAUAGAUUGAGCAUGCUUGUGUUAUUAGUGCUUAUGUUAUCCUUCCUUAAACAAUUAAUGUUUAUUCUGUGAGUUAAAUAACUUGUUUUAUGUCUCGGAAUGAGACUGCAACUAUUUUUCUCCCCCUUUCCACAUAUAUUCUUUAGGACUUAAUGAUGUUAUUUAUUGCUUAUCUACUUUAAAUAUACUAAGAGUGUGUCUUGUUAGAAGUGAGGAGGGGAAGAUGAGAAUUCUAGACAAAACACAGGGCUAGCUAUUUAACAUGAUUCAGUUUGAAGCAAGUGUGAAGAAUUUCCAUCUUUAAAACUUUUCUCACAAAUUUUGUUAAUACCUAUGAAUUGAAGUGUGCACUCACAACAAACAAAGUUUGACUUUGAACUUGGUUGGAAAAAAUAAAGUGCUUUCAUUCUAAA